AUGCCCCCUGCCCCGGGCUUCCAGGGGCCUGAGACUCUGCAGGCAGAAGUCGGGGAGCUGGUGUCCUGCGGCGAAGGCACCAGCAAAUCUAGGCUGACGCUGUCGCCUUUAGGGACAGUCAACAUCAACCGCUUGCUAGCAGGAGAGCCAGGCCCCGAUGAGAACCAGGUCCCCUGCUGGCAGCUUCCGGCCUUGGAAGAAUCUUCCGUGGACCGGCUCGUGGGCUUUUCUCCGUCCACUCCCGUGCGCUGCCAGUGGGGCACUGCGGGGCGCUCACACGGCAGCUGGGUGUCCUGUCACGAGGCCAGCAGCCCCGCAGGCAGGCGCCUCCCCGAGCCAACAGGGUUGCUGACGCUGACCCCCAGGACCGUUCUGAGGUUUAAGGAGAGGGUCUCCCACAGCUCCUGGGUCCACCCAGCUCCCAGCUCCACCGACGGCAAGAUGCCUUCCCACCGGUGGCCAGAGGCCUGGGCCUCCCUGCGGAAGACGGUGGUCACCCUGUGCCUGCUGUGCAGCACGUCCCUGUCCCCCACGCGGGGGCAGGCCAGGAUUCCUCUGGAAACAGUGAAGCUGUGGGCAGACACCUUCGGCAGGGACCUGUAUGACACUGUCACCAAGUACUCGGGCUCCCUCCUGCUGCAGAAGAAAUACAAGGACGUGGAGCCCAGUCUGAAGAUCAAGGAGGUGGAUGGCUUGGAGCUGGUGAGGAAGUUCUCAGAGGACAUGGAGACCAUGCUCCGCAGGAAAGUGGCGGCCGUCCAGAAUCUGGUCGAGGCUGCCGAGGAGGCUGACCUGAACCACGAAUUCAACGAGUCCCUGGUGUUUAACUAUUACAACUCUGUCCUCAUCAAUGAGAAGGACGCAGGCGGAGCCUACGUGGAGCUGGGGGCCGAGUUCGUCCUGGAGGCCAACGCGCACUUCAGCAACCUGCGGGUGAACACGUCUCUGAGCAGCGUGCAGCUGCCCACCAAUGUCUACAACAAAGACCCGGAUAUUUUGAAUGGAAUCUACAUGUCCGAAGCCUUGAACCCUGUCUUUGUGGAGAACUUCCAGAGAGACCCGACGCUGACCUGGCAGUACUUUGGCAGCUCGACAGGGUUCUUCCGCAUCUACCCAGGCAUCAAAUGGACGCCUGAUGAGAACGGGGUCAUCACCUUCGACUGCCGGAACCGCGGCUGGUACAUACAAGCUGCCACGUCCCCGAAGGACAUCGUGAUCGUGAUGGACACGAGCGGCAGCAUGAAGGGGCUGCGGAUGGCCAUCGCCAAGCACACGGUCUCCACCAUCCUGGACACGCUGGGGGAAAACGACUUCGUGAACAUCAUCUCGUACAACGACUACAUCCACUACCUCGAGCCUUGUUUUAAAGGGAUCCUGGUCCAGGCGGAUCGGGACAACAGAGAGCACUUCAAACAGCUGGUGGACAAGCUGAUGGUCAAAGGUGUGGGGGUCGUGGGCCAAGCCCUCAGUGAGGCCUUCCAGAUCCUGCAGCAGUUCCAAGAGGCCGGGCAAGGAAGCCUGUGCAACCAGGCCAUCAUGCUGAUCACCGAUGGGGCCGUGGAGGACCACAGGACAGUGCUGGAGAAAUACAACUGGCCGCACCGCAAGGUCCGGCUCUUCACUUACCUGAUCGGGAAGGAAGUAAGUUUUGCUGACCGCUUGAAGUGGAUCGCGUGCAAUAACAAAGGCUACUACACGCAGAUCUCCACUCUGGCGGACGCCCAGGAGAACGUGAUGGAAUACCUGCAUGUGCUCAGCCGGCCCAUGGUCAUCAACCACAACCAUGACAUCACCUGGACCGAAGCCUACAUGGACAGCAAGGUGGGGCCCCAGGGAGCGCAGAGCAUGGCGCUGCUGACCACCGUGGCCAUGCCUGUCUUCAGCAAGAAGAACGAGACGCGAUCCCACGGCAUCCUCCUGGGUGUGGUGGGCUCUGACGUGGCCCUGAGAGAGCUGAUGAAGCUGGCGCCCCAGUACAAGCUUGGGGUGCACGGCUAUGCCUUUUUGAGCACUAACAAUGGCUACAUCCUCUCACAUCCUGACCUUCGACCCCUGUACAGAGAGGGGAAGAAACUGAAGCCCAAGCCCAACUACAACAGCGUGGACCUCUCGGAAGUGGAGUGGGAGGACCGGGCCGGAACCCUGAGAACAGCCAUGAUCAACAGGGAGACAGGGUCUCUCUCCAUGGACGUGAAGGUUCCGCUGGACAGAGGGAAGCGAGUUCUUUUCCUGACCAACGACUACUUCUUCACGGACAUCAGUGACACGCCUUUCAGUUUGGGAGUGGUGCUGUCCCGCGGCCAGGGCGAAUACGUCCUCCUGGGGAACACGUCUGUGGAAGAAGGCCUGCACGACCUGCUUCACCCGGACCUGAGCCUGGCCAGCGACUGGAUCUACUGCGUCACGGACAUCGACCCCGAGCACCGCAGGCUCAGCCAGCUGGAGGCCGUGGUCCGCUUCCUCACCGGGCGGGACCCAGCCCUGGAGUGCGACGAGGAACUAUUGCAGGAGCUGCUGUUUGACGCGGUGGUGACGGCCCCCAUGGAGGCGCACUGGACGGCACUGUCCCUCAACACCUCCGAUGAGUCCGAGCAUGUGGUGGACAUGGCCUUCCUGGGCACCCGGGCCGGCCUCCUCAGAAGCAGCCUGUUCGUGGGCUCCGAAAAGGUCUCUGACAAGAGGUUCCUGACGCCGGCGGACGAGGCCAGCAUCUUCACCCUGGACCACUUCCCUCUGUGGUACCGCCAGGCCGCCGAGCAGCCUCCGGGCAGCAUGGUCUUCAACCUCUACUCGGCAGAGGGACCAGAAGAUACAGACAAGCCGAUGGUGGUGACCGUGAGCACAGCUGUAGCCGUGACCAUGGACAACAGGACAGCCAUCGCUGCAGCCGUGGGCGUGCAGAUGAGGAUGGAGUUCCUGCGGCGUACGUUCUGGGCGGCCACCCGGCAGUGCGGCGCUGCGGAGGGUCCGUGCCCGGAGAGCUGCCAGGACAGUGGCCUGGACUGCUUCGUCAUAGACAACAACGGAUUCAUCCUGAUCUCGGAGAGGCCCCAGGAGAUGGGACGAUUCCUGGGGGAGGUGGACGGCGCCCUCAUGACCCAGCUGCUCAGCAUGGGGGUGUUCAGCCGAGUGACCAUGUACGACUACCAGGCCAUGUGCAAACCUCCGACCCACCACCACAGCGCCUCCCAGCCCCUGGUCAGCCCCAUCUCUGCCCUCCUGACUGCUACCAGGUGGCUGGUGAACGAGCUCUUGCUGCUCCUGCUGGAGUGGAGCGCCUGGGGCUCCUGGCAUGGGGACAGUGGGGCCGAGGCCAAGGCCGUCUUCCAUCACUCCCACAAGCACAAGAAGCAGGACGUGCUGCAGCCCUGCGACACCACCUACCCCGUGUUCGCGCACGAGACGGCCACCCGGGGGGCCAACGGCAUCGUGGAGUGCGGGGGCUGCCAGAAGACGUUCGUGAUGCAACAGAUUCCCUCCAGCAACCUUCUCCUCCUGGUGACGGACCCCGCCUGCGACUGCAGCGUCUUCCCGCCAGUCCUGCAGGAGCCUACGGAAGUCAAAUAUAACGCCACGGUCAAGUGUGACAAGAUGCGCUCCCGGAAGCUCCGCCGGCGACCGGAUGCCUGCCACGCCUUCCAUCCAGAGGAGAAUGCCCAGGACUGUGGCGGCACCUCGGACACCUCAGCCUCACUCCCCCUGUUCCUGCUGCCUCUGGGUGCCUGGGUACUGCUGCCCCAGCUGCUGCGGUGACACCUGCUCCGGCCGGCCGGUUUUGACAAGGUGACCCUUCCAGAGACAUUGUAAAGAGUCAGCAGCUGAAGUGGGGUCCAGCGCUCUACACUUAGGUUCUCACCCAGGUCCAUGCUCAUCCAGUCUUGGGCUGAUGGUCCCCUGCCCCCGAGAUUGCUGGACGGAACCAGAAAUCACUCCCAGAGACCUUCCGGGUGCCUGGUACCGUCCACCCCGUGUCUCAAUGGGCAGCCUCCCUGCCCUCCUACCUUCUCUUUGGAGUCCAGCGUGAACUCAAUUUGGACCAAGACAAAAGAGUUUUGUUCCGUCUAUUCCCCAGAAGUCCAGACCCAGCCAAAGAAAGGGGCAGCUCUUCCUAAUGAAUCUGGUUGGUCUUCAGUAGAAUCCAAGGACUUAAAUGUACUGAGAAAGAGGAGAGGAAUGAGGCCAACAGCAGAAAGGGGAGGAGGGCAGGAACGGGCCCCACGGGAAACACAUCUGCCCUAGGGUGAGAUGCCUGAUGGGGGAUCAGCUCAGCCUCCCAGCUGCAGCUCAAAAGAUGUGUGUGUGUGUGUGUGUGUGUGUGCGCGCGCGCGCGCACGCGCGCGUGUGUGUGCGUGUGCGUGAGAGACAGAGAGACAGGAGACAGAGAGAGACAGAGAAAAGGCAGGGUCCUUUACAUGAACAUGGCCACGCAUGAUGUCCACAAACUGUUGCUAUUAAAAACACCUUUCCAAAGCCCUAGUGUUUACAUCCUUCUAAGAAAAAGCC